ACGCCAGCGAAUGGAGAGUAUUGCAAGAAUGUACUGCUGACCAUGCUUUCCUUAGUACUGUAUGUCUCCGCAUGGCGGACGAUCUCGGAAUAUGCGUUUUUUGCUUGAUCGCUUUGGAUUUCUUCUAUGCAUUGGUAGCUACGGAUAAUCUGCGGAAGGAAUUUACUUUUACCAGUAUCGAAGAGGAUUUCAAAUUCGACACUGUUGGCACGGUGUAUGCAUUAUUGAGCGUUUUCGUGUUGUCCAUGGUGUACGUUUAUGAUAAGGCACAACAGUUGGGAAAGAUCUUGUACGAAAAAUUCAUUUCCCAAAACUCCGAGGAAAACAACAAAAUUUUAUUUGCCACGCUGCACAGGCUACAAAGCAGCCCGCCAGGGUUUAACUUGGCCGGCAUGUGCGUCAUAAACCGCGCUUUUGUUGGAACGAUGAUUGGACUCUUCGCAACCUACGUGCUUUUGACUUGGGACAAGUAGUUACCCAUCACAAGCCGGUAAUACAAUAGGUACUCGUAUUAGGUACUGAUAGGCAGGUACUCUGAAAUUUGCUCCCUUGUCGCCAGAUAUUUA